GUCCGCAAAAUCAUUUACGCCGCACGUACGCAUUCGCAGCUUUCGCAGUUUGUGGGAGAAUUGCGUCGGACUGCGUGGGGGGAUCACGUCAGGGUCGUGGCACUCGGUGGUCGCAAAGCUCUCUGUGGAAAUGCGGCGGUCGCUCGAUUGAAAUCGGAAGCGGCCGUGAACGAAGCCUGCUUGGAUUUGCAAAAGGCCAAAAGCUGUAACUGCCCCUUGCUGGCAUCCAAAGACACGGUUGACACCCUAGCCAUGCAUACCCUCGCUUCCGUGACUGAUAUUGAACAAGCUUCACAGUUGGGAAAAGCCUCGCAAACGUGUGCCUACUAUGCCUCUCGGACCGCCCUGGCUGCGGCCGAAGUCGUGGUGUUGCCGUACAGCAUGCUUUUGUCUCCGCAAACACGUUCUGCAGUAGGGCUGUCUUUAAAGGAGUCGCUCGUUAUUGUGGAUGAAGCUCACAAUUUACCCGAAGCUUUACGAUCCUUGCAUUCGUGUUCCUUGUCCCUGCCCGUCGUCAUGGCGAGUCUAGAGCAACUGGCCUUGUGCACGACCAAGUAUGCUUCUCGACUGGCCGGGCGCAAUAUAUACUAUCUCGGACAAAUAAGGAAAGUGUUGGUCACUUUUCGCAAACAUUUUGAAUGCACCACACCCAAUCACAAGCUGGAAGAACGGAUGGUAAGCCCUGGGGAGUUGUUAAUUGAACUGAAAUUGGACUCUGUUAAUUUGUUCAAGAUUUUGCGCUACUUGGAGCGGUCUCGACUUGCGCAAAAAUUGCUUGGCUUUACUAGUCUGGUGUCGACUGAAGUUCAGGCAAAGACUGGAGAUGAGGGGGAUGAUGCGCAAGAAACUACAACAGGGAUUUCAAAGCAUGUAUCAGCGAUGUCGCUGGUACAAAACUUCUUGGAAAAGCUAUCGUUGACUGGCCAAGAAGGAAAGAUUGUAACUGAUCGACCAGGGAUCAGCCCCAAUCCAGAUCACAACCCUCGCGUCCGCCAAAGGCAGCAUCCCGCCUUUCGAUAUGUUCUCCUACAGCCUGCCGUGUUCUUUGAAAACGUUCUGACAGAGGCGCAUGCCUUAGCGUUGGUGGGAGGGACACUGCGUCCAUUUGUUCACGUGGCUGCCGAACUUCUUGGAAAUCAGAUCUCGUCAAGUUUCGCCGCGUUUUCCUGUGAUCAUGUCGUAUCGCCCAAUAAUGUUCUUUUGCAGUGUCAUUUGAAGGGUCCGACCGGAAAGAGUUUGGAUUUUCGCCACCAGCAGCGCAAGACGGCAACGGCGUGCAAUGAGCUCGGGGCAACAUUAUUGCAUCUGUGUCGUAGUGUACCAAGUGGAAUGGUCGUUUUUUUGCCGAGCUACUCUUAUGAAGCUCACUUAGUCCAGCACUGGAAACGCUCCGGGAUCUGGAACGAUUUGCAAAAGAUCAAGAGCAUAUAUAGGGAACCAAAACAAUCUAGCCAACUGGAUACUACCCUUCAAGCUUAUUCUCGCGAUGCGCUCAAAGGUGCGCUUUUGUUUUCCGUUAUCGGCGGCAAAAUGUCGGAAGGUAUCAAUUUUUCCAACGACAUGGCGCGAUGCGUUGUGGUUGUUGGUUUACCUUAUCCAGAUAUUACGGACCCUGAGCUACUGGAGAAAAUGGCUAUGAUGGAUCGCGCCCCGGACAAAACAAUAUCCGGCCGGGCCUACUAUCAGAAUCUUUGCAUGCGAGCUGUCAAUCAAUCGGUAGGCCGCGCGAUUCGUCACGCUGACGACUACGCUGCGGUUGUGCUCUGCGAUCAACGGUAUAGCGAAGAGCGUAUUUGGUCUGCAUUGCCGGGCUGGUUAAAAAGGGGUUCGAGGGCAUCUCCG